UCUCUCUCUGCCCUUCUCUCUCCUCCACACUUUUAAAUACACCACCAGCCCACGGCUGCCCAGCUCUCUCUGACUCUCUCUCGCGUCGGGCACGCAGUCGCACAAGUAGUGAACUCAAACGGGAUCUCCUGCUCUGCCUCCCUCGUCUUCCUCUGCCCGUGCGCGUUUCAGAGCACGUACGGAGAGGGCGAGCAGCAGCUUGCGGCCGGGCACCAUCAUGUGGUGGAGGUGCUGGAGAACCUGGCGUUCCUGGCGAACGCCAGCAACCUGGUGACCUACCUGAUGGGGUUCAUGCACUACUCGCCGUCGCAGUCGGCCACGGCGGUCACCAACUUCAUGGGCACGGCCUUCCUGCUCGCGCUCCUCGGCGGCUUCCUCUCCGACGCCUUCUUCACCACCUACACCAUCUACAUCGCCAGCGCCUUCAUCGAGCUCAUGGGGCUGGUGAUCCUGACGGUCCAGGCGCGGACGCAGUCGCUGAUGCCGCCGCAGUGCGCCAAGCCGGGGGCUCCGUGCGAGCCCGUGUCGGGCGCCAAGAAGGCGAUGCUGUUCGCGGGGCUGUACCUCACGGCGCUGGGCGUGGGCGGGAUCAAGGGCUCCCUCCCCUCCCACGGCGCGGAGCAGUUCGACGAGCAUGCGGCGCGGGGGCGCAAGGGCCGCUCCACCUUCUUCAACUACUUCGUCUUCUGCCUCUCCUGCGGCGCCCUCGUCGCCGUCACCUUCGCCGUAUGGGUCGAGGACAACAAGGGCUGGCAGUGGGGGUUCGGCAUCUCCACCAUCGCCAUCCUGCUCUCCAUCCCGCUCUUCGUCGCCGGCUCCAGCCGCUACCGGAACAAGGUGCCCACGGGGAGCCCGCUCACCACCAUCGCCAAGGUCCUCAUCGCCGCCGCGCUCGCGCGCCGCGGCUGCGCGCCGAGCUCCAGCAACGGCGCCGUCAUCGACCGCGCGCCCAGCCCCACGGGGAGCACCGACAUGAAAGAGUACUGCAAGCCCGGGGACAUGGAGGAGAUCACGGUCUCCGGCGCCGCGAUCGUGGCGUCGUCGCCCGCCGAGCCGUCCCGCGAACUCGCGUUCCUCAACCGCGCGGUGCAGUGCCAGCCGCCGCGGCACGGCCGCCUGGCGUGCACGGUCCAGGAGGUGGAGGACGUCAAGAUCGUGCUCAUGGUGCUGCCCAUCUUCUUGUCCACCAUCAUGCUCAACUGCUGCCUGGCGCAGCUGUCCACCUUCUCGGUCGAGCAAGCGGCCACCAUGGACACGCGCGUGGGCAGCCUCACCGUGCCGCCGGCGUCGCUCCCCGUCUUCCCUGUCACGUUCAUCAUCAUCCUCGCGCCCGUCUACGAUCACGUCAUCGUCCCGUUCGCGCGCCGCGUCACGGGGACCGAGAUGGGCAUCACACACCUCCAGCGUAUCGGCACCGGGCUGGUGCUGUCCAUCGUCGCGAUGGCCGUGGCCGCCGUCGUCGAGGUCAAGCGCAAGAACGUGGCGUCCCACAACGGGAUGCUGGACUCCACCAAGCCGCUGCCCAUCACCUUCUUCUGGAUCGCGUUCCAGUACCUGUUCCUGGGUUCCGCGGACCUGUUCACGCUGGCGGGGCUGCUCGAGUUCUUCUUCAGCGAGGCGCCGCCGCGGAUGAGAUCCCUGGCGACGUCGCUGUCGUGGGCGUCGCUGGCGCUGGGAUAUUACCUCAGCUCGGUGCUGGUGUCCAUCGUCAACAGCGCGACAGGGCGCGGCGACCACCGGCCGUGGCUGCAGGGUGCCAGCCUGAACCACUACCACCUCGAGAGGUUCUACUGGGUCAUGUGCGUGCUCAGCACCAUCAACUACCUCUUCUUCCUGUUCUUGGCCGUCAGGUACAAGUACAGAAACGCGGGGGUCAUCAAAGGCUAAUGCCAUCUUCAUAUGGCCAGUCGGCGUUGCCAUUAAUCCCCGUGGUCUUGAGCAAUGCUGGGUGUAACUAACUGUUUAUAUAGGUGGAAAGCAGAGGGUUGAAGAAAAUGUAGGUUAAUUUUCUGCAGGAUGUGAGGAAUGAUGGUGGUUUAUGAAGCUGUAAUGGAUUUGGUUGAUUGGUUCAACAAGUAAAUCAACAAGAGAAUCGGAUGUCCAAACCAAAAACAUAAUAUUGUUCAAACAUUUCUAAUUUAAUGGAUUCAUGAA